CCGAGCGGCCACCCCAGUCUUUCAACCAGACACCGCCCCUCUUCUCCUCUGCUCUCCUCUCCUCUCCUCUCCCACACGCGUCCUAAAGCAAGCAAGCUCGGACGCCAUGAGCAAGGACUGCGGCAACCACGGCGAGGACGACAUCCGGCGCACGUGCCGGCGCUUCCUGGCCUUCCUCUUCUUCCUGGCCCUGGUGGUGGCCGUCAUCGCCCUCAUCGUCUACCUCGUCCUCCGCCCCACGCACCCGCGCUUCUACCUCCAGGACGCCUCGCUCCGGCAGCUGGACGUGCUCUCCGCCAACGCCUCCGCCGCCGCGGGCGUGCUCUCCACCGUGCUCCAGGUCACCGUCGCCUCCCGCAACCCCAACGACCGCGUCGGCGUCUACUACGACCGCCUCGACGUCUACGCCUCCUACAAGUACCAGCAGAUCACGCUGGCCUCCGCGCUCCCGCCGGUGUACCAGGGCCACGGCGACGUGGAGGUCUGGUCCCCGGUGCUCUCCGGCCCGAACGUCCCCUUCGCGCCCUACCUCGCCGACGCGCUCGCCAAGGACGUCCAGGCCGGGUACCUCAUCCUCCAGGUCAAGAUCGACGGCCGCGUCCGGUGGAAGGUGGGCAGCUGGAUCUCCGGCCACUACCACAUCUUCGCGACCUGCCCCGCCUUCCUCGUCGGCGCCGGCGGCAACGGCGCGCCGGGGGCCAGUGGGCUCAGGUUCCAGACCGCCACCUACUGCCACGUCGAGGUCUAGCCGCCGAACCGCACGUGCUCUGCUUCUUCUUCUUCAUCAUCUUCCUCUGCUCCGUCGGCGGCGGCGAGGUAGGUUUCUUGCGGGUGGCGCGCGCGCGUGCGCGUAGCCAAGAGGAUCAUCAAGGCUCAAGGCCAAGGGGGGUGGUACAUGGUGGUAAUAAGACUUAGCGUCGAGGGGUAUAGGUGUAAAAAGGAAAAGAGAAUUUAGUGUUGGUUACUCCUACUACUAAAUUGCGUUUUGUUCGUGUUUAAUUGUUGGUGAAGUAUUUAUUCCACGUUUAAUUGUCAAUAUAUAUGAACUUGUCGUUACGAUGGAAUUAAAGUGAAAUGGUUAAUGCUGGGGUUACAAGUA